UGCAGACUGAUUAGAAAUAGUCAGCAUGGCUGUGCCAUUUUACUUUGGAGCACAAGUGGCUGAGUGGUGACGAUAUUGAGAGCAACACGACCAUGAAGGGCACAGAUAAAGUCAAUGCUCAUUGUCUUUUUCCCCAUGGUGGAGGAUUCUAAAACAAGAGGGCACAGGCUUAAAGUAAGAGGGGAGAGAUUUAAAAGGGCUCUCAGGGGCAACAUUUCCACUCAGGUGGUAGUUGUAUCUGGAGUCAGCUGUCAAAGGAAGCUAUAGGAGUGGAUACAAUUAUGACUUUGAAAUACAUUUGGACAGAUAUAUGGUUCGGACGGGUUUAGAGGGCUGUCGGCCAAAUGCGGGCAAAUGGGAUUAGGCUAGCUUGUCCAUCCCAAACUGGUCAGGAUGAACAAGGUGGGCCAGAGGGCCUGUGUUGUAAAGCUGUGUACAGAGUAUAUAUGAUUUGCUGAAAGUAAACUAAACUCACUUUUGUUCUUCUGAAGGUGAUGGAUGUUUGCCCAGAAUUGCAUUGACGAGGUGAUUUAGUGCUUGUCUGAAAAUAGUGUGGCUGGACAGUGGUGUUAUUUAUGCCUCAUUAUCAGAAUGGAGCACUUUCUUAAAUUGUCAGAUCUUGUGACAGAAGCUGGUGGAGAGAGUGAAGCAUGUGCUUAUCAUUCUUGUGAUCAAAUCAGCUAGAGGGAGAGGGCCACUGACAUAACCUGCUCACUCCAAAUAUCUUAUUUCAUGCGCAGGCUUCAGUCCAGCUUGAAGAGAGAAGAGGCUUCACCAUCAGGAGCAAUGGGUUUGUCCCGUGCAGUGUGGGCUGUGAGGCAUAGGAAGCUAUACCGAGCCUUAUCACGGAGUCACAGAAGGAAAACAAAUUCUUGGCAGGAUCGCAUAAAGCCAGUGAACUGUCAGCACAACCCAUCGGGAUAAGCACAAACGCUUUUACUCUGAAUCGAUGACCAAGCAAUCCCGUAGACAAAGGAAAUAAGUUGGCUAAAGUGUGUAAGCGCAGGCACUGAGGAAGUUCAGUUGGAAAUGAUCAGAAUGCUAUCGAGCUACUUGUCAGUUGUGAGCUGCGCGUUUACAUUCCUGGCCGUGUCAGUGUCCAGCUCCAACAAUAAAGCGACAGACAUCUCAGACAAACGGCAGCAUCGGAUUCAGCAUGGACCCUGCAGCUACACGUUUCUCCUUCCCGAGAUCGAGAACUGCCACCACCCCCUUGACCACCACAUCUCCAAUUCACUGCAGAGGGAUUCACCCGUUGAAUCCGACUGGUCCUCAAAACGGCUGCAACAGCUGGAAGGCAUCCUGGACAACAAUACACAGUGGCUGCAGAAGCUUGAAACCUACAUUCAGGACAGUGUGAAGAUGGAGAUCGUGGAUAUCCAGAGGAAUGUGGUGCGCAACCAGACUGCAGCAAUGUUGGAGAUAGGAACCAAUCUCCUGACUCAAACUGCAGAACAAACCCGCAAGCUCACUGAUGUGGAGAUACAGGUUCUGAACCAAACAUCACGCCUUGAAAUACAGCUGCUAGAAAACUUGCUGUCAACCAACAAACUGGAGAAUCAGAUCAUGGUGCAGAACCUGGAAAUUACUAAACUCCAAGAAAAAAACAGCUUUCUGGAGCAGAAAAUCAUAGAAAUGGAAGACAAACAUGAAUCUGAGCUGGAAUCAGUGAAGGUGAAGCAGAGCACCAUUAGUGGUGACCUGGAGAAGCACAUGAGCACCAUCAUGGAGAAUAACAGUGCCCUGCAAAGCCAGCAGGUGUCACUCAUGGAGACCGUCAACAAGCUGCUGAAUAUCGUUUUCCACUCCAACGAAAUCCAUCAAAUUCAAAAAGAAGAACCAGUAGUUUUUAAAGAUUGCGCUGAAGUGUUCAAAUCAGGAAUAACCAGAAGUGGCAUCCACACGCUCCAUAUCCCAAAUGUCACGGAAUCGGUGCAGGUGUUCUGUGACAUGGAGACCAGUGGAGGCGGGUGGACAGUGUUCCAACAUCGGGAAGAUGGGAAUGUGAAUUUCCACCGGGGCUGGAAGGAAUACAAAUCAGGAUUUGGUGACCCCCAUGGAGAAUACUGGCUGGGAAACGAGGUUAUCCACCUGCUCACCAGCCGGUCACCUCACAUCCUACGCAUUCAACUGAAAGACUGGAAUGGAAAUGAAGCAUUUGCUGUCGUUGACCAUUUCUUCCUGGAAAGUGAGGAGAAGAAAUAUCGGCUGCAUGUAAGGGGUUACAGUGGAACAGCUGGUAGGACCAGCAGCUUCAGCUCCUCUGGUACACAGUUCAGCACCAAGGACUCCGACAAUGAUGACUGUCGCUGCAAAUGCUCCCAGAUACUGUCUGGAGGAUGGUGGUUUAAGGCAUGUGGCCCUUCCAACCUGAAUGGCAUGUAUUACUCUGACUGGACGGAGAAAAUUCCAUUUAACGGCAUCAAGUGGCACUACUGGAAAGGUUCGGACUACUCCCUCAAGCACACCACCAUGAUGAUCCGGCCGGUUGCUUUCUCAACACUCCACUGAAACCGCUUUCCUGAACAGCUAAUCAAAUUUGUCAUCACAUGCAGGGAAUAUUCUGCAUCCGUCACACAACCACCUAUUACAUUUUAUUUAAUAAUUUAGCAUACACUGGUGAGAUGUCCAUUUUGAAGGCUUCAUCCUUAGCUUGCACCCUGCAACUUAUCUGUAAAAUAAUUUGUUUCAAUCUUCCUGCUCAUGUUCAGUGAUGAAAAGCCAGACAGGAGACCCCUGGCAGCAAUCUCUAAAGGAGAUCAUUGAAUGACGUUGUUGGACUGGCCCCUCAGGGCUCCUCCAGUUCAACCUGUUGAUAUGAUCAGGAUAGGAUAAAGUGUGUUUGAAAAUGUGUAUUCUUUGUCAGCAGCUUCACAGUGGUCUUCAGUACAGGUACUGUAUGCACCUGCACACUCCUGGAUGAGGUACUGAGCCUGAUGACCACAGCAGGAAAUUGAAUCAUGAAUGUAACAUGGUUAAUUACUGUAUUUAUCCCAUGUUUGAGCACUUCCUUUAUGAACCUUUUUAUCUUUCGAGGUAAAGAAAAGCACUGCAUAUUUACAUGAUUGUGUUUACUGACCUGGAUCGUUUCUAGGUGUCUGAGGAGGGCAAGUUUUUUUGGUAGACACAGCCCCCCCCAUUAUUAACAUGCGUGGCCCAUUCCAAACAAGAAUUACUUGUUGGCUACCAGCACCAUUCACAUUCUAACUGCGGAGCUGGCUGUUCGCACUAUUAUGAUUCCAACGUUUUGUUUGAUGUACUGUCUUCUAGCUCAAUAUACUUUGGUUACACUACUUCAUUCCAGCUAGUGCCUGCAGUACACCUGUUGUGAACAUUUCAGUUGUUGCAAUCUGAGCAAACCCAUCCAGUUUGAAGAAGGGUCUCAACCAGAAACGUCACGCAUUCCUUCUCUCCAGAUAUUCUGCCAGUCUCGUUCAGUUACUCCAGCUUUUUGUGUCUAUCUUCAGUUUUGAUUACCACUUUCACAUGAGACGUUCUUGCUGUUCACUGCUUGGAGAGUAAGCUUCCAACCAAUGUCCUCAAAGUUCUUGUUGUUCAAAGUGCCAUAGACUAGGGAGGAGGUUAGUGGUCAAUGCGGUGAGCAAACAAAUUAACCUGCCACUAAGAUUCAUUUGUGAUGUUUGCAACUGGGAAACACUCUUAAAGGAGUUAACUGUCGGUUUUGCAUUUGAAACACAUGUGGGUCAUCAUUGAUACUGCAAUCAUAUUUUUCAGAUAUAUAGUUUAUUCAUAAAAAUUUGCAAUAUAUAAUAGAGCAAUUCACAUCUCAAUAGUAUGCCAUUUACAUACACGAUUCACAUUAUAUCAACAUGGCAUCAAUUUUUCUUUAACUUAUUCCCCUGACCAAACAGAGCAAAAUAUUUCCAUGUGGGUUCUAGAGUUGGUACUAAACUAAGUAUGUUCCCCAUGGAGCCAGUGCACUGUUCCCCAUGCAGCCCGUGCAAAACUGCACCAUGCAUCAACGUGUCCUCCAGCACAGCGUCUUGUACUAGUUGUGGACAUCUAGUUGUGGACAGCUCCUGGCAUUCAAAGACCAGCAGCCUACAGGUAUCUCUAUAUUAUUCCCCCCACUUUCCUGGCAAGGAGAUGGGUAAGGUCUCAUCACCAGCAUAGCUGCCUUGUAGGCAGCCUAGAAUGAUGUUGCUUCUCAUAUUCUCCAUUAAGGACUCAUCAGAGAGAGUAUCCUUCUCAAUAUCAGCCAAGCAAUGUCUUUUUGGUUACUUAAAUGUUGUAAUGAUGAGGCAUUUUGCCAAAUGACUUUGACAAUUAGGUCAGAGAUCCAUCCAACACGAUCCAUCAUCUCCACUGUCCACAAUGCCUGAAGGAUAUAGACUAGUGCUUUAUACAAGUGCGGUGCUUUCAUUACAUCAGCAUAUCAUUUCUAUAUUGUCAGAUCACGAAUCUGAAAUCCAGAACACAUUUUAUUUACAAAUCCCUCCAUGACCUCAGCCCUUCUCUUUUUUAUUGUUUCUGGAUUUUGUCCUAACAUUUACAUUAUCUCCAGAAUAACAGGCUUCUUCCCUUCAGCAACUGAUUAAAUUGCACCAUUGUUAAUGCUUGUGUUUACAAGACCACCAAUUAUGGGAUUUUCUCCCUUAACUUUAUACUUUUUCUUCAACAGCCUCCUUAAAAUCUAUUACUUUCACCAUGUUUUGCCCUGAGCUAGAGGUGUGAGAUAUAUCAUUGUUUGCGUAAUACAGAUGCCAAUCACUGUUGCUGUUGGGCUUUGGUCAAACCCAAUCACAGCACUACCUACGAGAAACCAGUGGAGAUGUGGUAAAGGAAAAUAAAACAAAGCGACAUUUUCCAGCUUCAGUAGGUAACUUCCUGCACUUUCCUUGCUGCCUAUUGCUUUCCUCUCUGUCAUGGGGGUGGCAUGACAGAUGCAGGGAGUUGAAUUUCCUCAACUUUUCAAUUUUGGCAUUGUAAACUACAGGUUUUUGCUCUUCAAACCACGCAUGACAUGCCUUUCUGCCCACUACUUUCCCAUUAAGAAUGUCCUGCAGAUCAUCACAUUUGGAGUAGCCCAAAUUCAGAUAAUCUCUGCGAAUGCUGUCUACAUCAGUCUCUUUUGCUGGGCAUUUGGAUUGACAAUUUUGCAUUUCUUCUUCGGAGACAUCUGUUUAAAAUGUAAAGGAAAAAAAAACACCGAACAGCAUUAACAGAAACAAGUUAUUAUUUGAUGUUUUAGAAAAAUAUAGUAGAAAUGAUAAAGUUAAACGCUAAAACAAAUAGUAAAUACCCAACAAAAAUAUCAUAUUCAUCAGUUUCAUCUAAUCAAUUAAAUUCAUCUAAAUUCAAUUACUAGAUCUAAACAUCUAUCCAUUUCUUAAGAUAAGGCUAACAUUUUUAAAUAGCCUAAGUAUCCGAAUAACAAAUAACAAACUGAUCCCAUUCACACAAGAAUUCACAAUAUAACGUGAUUUUUAAAUCUCACUUUGUCAUGAACAUAUGCCAAAUGGAAGGAAUUUAUUGUUUAAUUCCCAUAAUUUAAUCUGGAGACAUCCACUCUCAAGAUAAUCAAAAUCAUUAUUUGUUGCACAAUACAUCUGACUAAAACUGCUGUGGAUAUUUAGUAUGAAAAUAUUGAUCAUGGAUAGACAAUUCACAAAAUAUAGAUGAUUUAGAUGUUCUUAUGACAUGAUUGUGCAAAAAAAUAAUGAAUUUGAUUAUCUUGAGAGUGGAUGUUUCUGGAAUGUGAUCGAUUGGAAUGUUGCCGUUGCCAUGAAUUUUAAGCCCCUAUAGACAGGCAAGACACCGCCGAUUCGUAUGGGGCCUAAAUAACAUUUUCGCAUGCUAAAUUGGAAUAAAGCCACACCAAAAAGUAAGAUAACAUGUUAAGUAAACAACAUACCUUUUGUUUUGUCCUGAUAUUGCGAUCCGUGAUGUUGAAGGCGUUGAAGG